GGUGCGAUACGCCUCGGAUACGGCCGGAUACGCGUAUCCAACGCAUCCAGAUUUUGAUAUGCCACGGAUACGCUCGUAUCUGUAUUGGAUACGUAAAUUAGUAAAUAAAUAGGAUACGCGAGGUUAGAUCAGACAUUUUCCCCUUAAAAAAAAAAAAAAAAACAAAACGGAUCGAAUCGAGACCUAAUUGAGCCGCACAUCUUCAGUCUUCGCGUUUUCUUCUCUUCUAAUGUUCGCGGCUUCUCUCCAGACGCAAUCAAAGCUGAAGAUUAUUCUUCGUAUCGCGUCUUCUUCUACUACAGACUUCUCCGGUUCUCUCAAAGGAAACCAGCUGGAGCCUCUUCCUUCGCAUCUGGACCAUGAGUGGAGAUAGAACACCUCCUAUUAGUUCAAGUGCCGGGUCUGUUAAUGCCGAUACUAGUAGUGGAGCUGCUGAUCCUGAAAAAAUAUAGUGCAAGAUGAUAAGGCACCGUUGUGGAAAUUUGUGAAGAAGAUUAAGAAACAGCAAGGUGAAGGAUGUUGGAGCUGGCAGUGCAAUUUCUGUAAAUUGCACUACAACGGUUCUUAUACUAGAGUUCGUAGUCAUUUGUUGAAAGAAUCAACAGCGGGAGUGGCAAUUUGCAACAAGGUUACUCCUCAUGCCUUUACUCAGAUGUCCAAGUUGGUGAGAGAAUGCAAGGAAAGAUUAAUGAAUGCAGCUCCUAGACAAGUUCCUCUACCAUCACAAGGACAGCAAGGGGGGAGUUCCACCAACAGCAGCUAUGAAAUGAGUUAUCCUGCAUAUACACAAGCACCAAUAACAAGUAUUGGUGGAAAAAAGAGGAAAUCAGCUGCUGGUUCUGUUGAAAAGGCCUUCCAAAACUCAGCUAGGGAGCAAUGCGAUGGUGAGGUUGCAAGGAUGUUCUACACCGGUGGCUUAUCUUUCAAUCUAGCUAGAAAUCCACACUAUCGGAACUCCUACAUUCGUGCUUCUACCCUUCCAGGCUACAUUCCACCAGGUUACAAUGCUCUGAGGACCACACUUCUUGCAAAAGAAAGGAAAAAUAUUGAGCAUCAUUUGAAGCCAAUCAAGCUUACAUGGAAAGAUAAGGGUGUAAGUCUUUGUAGUGAUGGUUGGUCUGAUUCACAAAGAAGACCCUUGAUUAAUGUGAUAGCCACUUGUGAGAGUGGUCCGAUGAUGUUGAAGGCUAUAAACUGUGAGGGGGAGUUCAAGGAUUAUGCAUUAAUUGCAGAUUUGAUUAUAGAUUCCAUUAAAGAAGUGGGUUGGGAACAUGUAGUGCAAGUGGUUACCGACAAUGCUCCUGUUUGUUCAAAGGCCGGUGCCUUGAUAGCAAGUAAGUAUCCUACUAUUUUUUGGACACCAUGUGUAGUGCAUACUUUAAAUCUUGCUGUCAAGAAUAUUUGCACACCUUCAUUAGUACCAAGCAAUGCGGAUGUGUUUGAAGCAUGUUGUUGGAUACAGCCAGUUUCUGAGGAUGUUAUGUUUAUCAAGAACUUCAUUAUGAAUCAUGGAAUGAGAUUGGUCAUGUUCAAUGACCAUUGCAAUUUGAAGUUGCUUUCGGUUGCUCCCACAAGGUUUGCAUCUACACUAAUCAUGCUGAAGAGGUUUAGGCAAAUCAAAAAUGGAUUGCAACAGAUGGUCAUCAGUCCAAAGUGGGAUGAUUACAAGGAAGAUGAUGUUAGGAAGGCAGCUUCUGUGAAGGAGAAAUUGUUAGACGAGUUGUUGUGGGAUGACAUUGAUUACAUCCUUUCUUUUACUGAGCCUAUCUAUGACAUGAUCAGGAAAGCAGACACUGAUAGGCCUUCUCUUCAUUUGGUGUAUGAAUGGUGGGAUAGUAUGAUUGAAAAAGUGAAGAAGGCAAUCUAUAGGAAAGAAAGGAAGCAACAUGAUCAAGAGUCUCCAUUUUGGGAUGCGGUGUAUAAGAUUUUAAUGUCUCGUUGGUCCAAGAGCAAUACUCCCCUCCAUUGCUUGGCAUAUUCAUUGAAUCCCAAGUAUUAUAGUUCGGAAUGGCUUAGUGAAGAUACUAAUCGGGUUGCUCCCCAUAAAGAUUUAGAGAUUACAAGGGAGAGGAAAAAUUGUAUCCUUAGAUACUUUGCCAAUGAAGAUGAUCGAAGGAGAGUUAACAUAGAAUUUGCCAAUUUUUCUAUGUGUAUGCAAGAGUUUGGAAGUGGAGAUGCUAUGAAGGAUAGGUUUAUUAUGGAGCCUAUAACAUGGUGGGCUGUCCAUGGUGCUUCGGCACCAUCUCUCCAAGCCAUAGCCUUCAAGGUUCUAGGUCAACCUUGUUCUUCUUCAUGUUGUGAAAGAAAUUGGAGUACUUACAAUUUCAUUUACUCUGUGAGGAGGAACAAGAUAGCACCACAAAGAGCGGAAGAUUUGGUGUUUGUGCAUACCAAUCUUCGCCUUUUAGCUAGGAGAAGCCCAAACUACAAUGAAAGUGCAACUCAAAUGUGGGAUGUUGGAGGUGAUGAGUUUGAUUCCUUGGUGUUGGAAGACUUGAGAUUGCUAACCUCUCACUUGAUGAACCACAAUUAGAGGGGGUUUUGUUUAAUGUUGAUGAUGAAGAUGAAGACCUUGAGGAUGUUGUCCAAGUUGAAUGAAGUUGAUAGUUAUGAACCUUGAUUAUGAACAUUUUAUUUGAAACUUUGGAUUGAUAAUGUUUAACUUGAUAAACUAGUAUUUUGUUUA